GAAUCGCUAAUCUUCAAAUUAAAUAAUAAGCACUUGUAAAGAUGGUCACAUACGGGUAUACAAGUAUUAAUAUUGAAACGGUUAAACCAUUUACACCUCAUAAACUUGAUAAGAUCAAACUUACACAUUCCCGACCAAAAUUCGUAGUCACUGGAACAAGAAAUUCGAUCUUUGACUGGAUGAAAUGUUAUGAAAAUAUUAAGUGUGAGUCCACAUCGUUACGACUUGAUCAAUCAACGUUUAAAAUGUCCUCGAUGAAAAAUUUUGAUCCGAUACUUAAAUUUGAAUUAUAUGAUGAUGAAGAGCAACACCACGAUGAAGAGCAACAUCAUGAUGAAGAGCAACAACAUCAUGGUCAUCAUUGUGGGAAAAUUAUCAAAAUUAUCAAGCCAUUAUUCUCAUCUGGAACAAAAAAACAUAGUGGUUCAUCUAUGAUGAGAUUAGAAAUAAGUGUUAGCAAUUAUAAACACAAUUCAAAAAGUAUGAAUCAAUUACACCACCAUCAACACAAAAACUCAAUCCCUGUUAUGGAAACCGAAGCUAUAAGUGGAACAAAAUUGUUACACGUUCUUAAUGAGUGGCAAGAUAAUUUAAAUGUAGAACAACUGAAAAAAUCUUGCGAUUAUGAAAUAUGAAUAAUAUUCACAAUACCGUAUAUAUUUCCUUUUGAUUAUGACGUUAUAUUAACUUAUUUUUUAAUUUGUUAUAUUUUAUGGUUUUAAGAAUUAAUAGAUAAAUCUCAAGAUUUAUAUUUACUUUCCCG